GAGGGGGGCCCGAGGCCGAGGACGGGGCGGAGGGCGCAGCAGCGCGCUUCGCAGCCACAGCUGCCGCCGCCGCCCCGCCGCCGCGCCCCCGCCGAGGCAGAAAGGACUGGAGGCCUACUGCGGCCGAGAAGCUGGUUGAGCACCUGGCGGCGGCAGUGCACGCCACGCCCGAGGCGGCCAAGGUGUUGCAGAUCGGAAGCGGCUUCGGCAUGAUUGCGCGGGUCCUGAAUAAGUUGGCAUGCUUGAUGGGGCCCACCGUGGCACCGUUAAAAGUUCUGGAAAGCAAUUCAGCCAAUGUUACGCGGCAGGCGUUGGAGCAGAGUUCGGCGGUGGGCAAGCGCGCGGGCGACUUCCAACACAAGGUCAGGGCGGUCUGCUCAGACAGGCACGGGGCGACCAUCCUUGCGGAGAAACAGAUAGCAGCUACCAGGGGGGCAGCGUGGAAAACUUUGUUCAACCGAUGUGAGAUCCACUGCACGUCAGGGUGUUUCGAGAAAUCCUUCGGCAACAUGUUCACAGAUGACGUUUCAGGGAGCAUUAACUGCGCCUUGUCGCUUAAACAUGGACCUGCGAUGAACUUAUUCCGCCAGAGCCUUCGUGACAUAGUGCAGGACAGGUUGGUUCCUAUCCACGUCGCCCCUCCGCCAGACGCAACCGAGUACAGGAAAUUCUGCAUCAACUUGUUCAUGCAAGGAGGCGCCAACCUGCCCCAGAAGCGGCUUCUCCUGUCUGUGCUCCCGAAUGGUGAUUGGCGGAAGCACGACCGCGUGGAGUUCUACUGCAGCGAGGAGUUCUUGAACAGAGUUGGUAAAGAGAAGCUUGCAGAUGUUAUAGCGAGGGGCCUCGUGUUUGCCCUGUCUUCCAGCCAGCCGCACUUGUGGCCGAGGCAUCGCUGGCUUGGCGCUGAUCUCGCAGUCGAAGAACUCGGCAGGCUUGAGGCGGUGCACGGGCUUCUCAGCGCCGUGUACCCCGUCUUCUGCGACAGGGUUGCUGGGGGGCGCCCGAGGGGCCCAGCUGCGCCCGCCCCGGCGUUCCCAGCCAUCGCCGCUCCAGUCGGCGCGCCAGCUGCUAUUCAAGACGCGCCCGCAGUGGCAGCGGGGGGCGGCGUGGCCGCAGGAAUGGCAGCACCAGACCAGCAGCCGCAGGCGGGAGGCGGAGAUGCAGCACCCAACGAUCCCGUGGCGGCGCGCGCCGUCGAGAACGAGAGGCACAGGAGGAAGGCGAGGGCUUGGCUAGCAACGUCCCCCUUGGCAAAUCUCAUGUUAAUGAGACAGGCUAUGCAGCCGCUUGUGACCUUGGUAACGCAGCAGCUCAAAGUCGGAUCAGCAGAUUGGGAGAUCUCAGAGCGAAGCAAACUUGCGAAAGCCGUGCUAUCUGGUGAGGUGAAGCCGAGCAUCGGCAAGCAGCGCAGACUCGCGGCUGGGAGGAGGGCUCAGAGGGAGUGCAGGGGAGGCGGCUUGUGGCGAGCCCGGGUGCGCUCUAGAGGGUCGGGCGGCGUGGGGCUGCCCGACACCAGGGCGCUUGCCAUUGAGUAUUCUGCUGCCAGGAGGCAGCCAGAUGUUGAUGCCGACGUGGCCGACCCCGAUGACGGGGACGGAGCCGAGCAGCUAGACGUAGACGAGAGCGCCCAUGUUGAGAACGACCCCGAGGGCCACCACCCAGACCUUCCCGAUGAAAGCGGGGGCGAUCCACUGGUGCCCCUACUUGAUAUGAUUGAAGAUUGGCACGCGGAGAAGGUUGAGAAGGUGAAGGCUGCCUCGGCAGCCCCACAGCCCGCGGGCCCAGGCCCACGGGAUUGUCCUGGGCACUCGUACGUAGCCAUUUUGGCUCACGCCAGCAGCGUGCUGCUGGUGUCCAGGGCGGGCAGGGCUCCGCCGAGUGCGGUUUGGGCCGAGGCCCUAGGCGUUUCCGCUGACAUCGAGAUCGACUUGUUCGUCGAGGCAGCGGCGGUGCCGCACGUGCCCGUGCUGCCCAUCACCGCCGAGAGCGACGAGCAGCAGGGCGACGUGCCCAUGACGUUCUCGGAGGAGCUCCGCAAGGCGUGUGUGAAGAUCAACCAGCUCGAGCUCGCGAUUGCGUUCAUUCUCACGUGCAUCCGCAUGCUGAAGAAAUGCAUCGCAGACCACGACCGCGACAUCUGUGAGAUGAAGGGCACCGAGUCGCAGCUGCAGCAGCAGCUACCAGCAGACUCGUCCGGCGGCGGCGGCUUCGACGGCGCAGCAGUCGCAGCUACGAGCAGCGACGUCGAGGACGAGCAGCACGACCACGAUUUUGAGGAGGUCGAGGUCGACGACGGGCCCAGCGGCCAGUCCGACGCCCAGCCCGACGCCCAGCCCGACGAGCCCGCCAGCGACUGCGUCGGCGUGUCGACUGACCUCCUGGACUUCGCUGACCUCCUGGACUCUAGGUGGUGCGCCAUCGUGGGCGUGUCCUACUUGCCGACCUUCGACUGGGCAGCCGAGUUACUUUUGCGAGUUCGCAUGAGCGGCGAGGGCACCUCGGCGGCGAGGGCAUCUGGCUCCCGCGACAUGCGACGCCUGCUCGACUGCGAGGAGUUCGCACGAUCGGCGAUAUCUGCGCCCCCACGGGAGGCGAUGCGCGCUGGCGGGGAGGGCGAGUUGCGUUCGCGCCGCGGCGAGUUUUUCGCGCGGGUCGCGGCGCGCUGCGUUUCCGACGGGCACAUGCUCGACCGCGAUCGCGACGCGGGCCCGCUCGGGCGCGCGGCGCCGCAGCGGCACCCGCUUGCGGAGGCCCGACCGCCUCCGUCGAGCUCGGGCGCGUCCGCGGCCGCUGCCCCAGAGACGCAGAGGCAGGCCAGCAAGAAGCAGCCUAGCGGCGACAACUGCCAGUGCGGCCUCUGCAAGGCGUUCGCCAAGGACGGCAAGCCGUGGGCGCUCAGGAAGAUGGCGAGGAAAGCGCAGGGCCUUGUGGAGGUGGCGGUCGGGCCGAAGUGCGAGGAGUGCUUCUCUAUUCACGAGGACGGCUUCUCCCACAUGGAGUGGGACGCGUUCUGCCAGGCGAACCAACAUGACGAACAGGUCAAGGCGGACAUCGCCGCCGCCAGGAAGGUGCACCCCAAGCAGGAGCCGCCGCCGACCCCCGUGCAGGAGGUCCUCGAGCGCACCGACCACGCGAUCGAGUCCAGGAGGUCUUACAUCGUCUUGACGGAGAGCGACUCGAGGAAGGCGUUGCAGACCAGGCGCCUCGCGAAGGAGAGCACUAAGAGCUUGUACACCGCACAGGUGCCGAAGGAGGGUGAGGAUGGUUGGGAGCUGGGGUAUUGGUUCGUGAAUCCGAACAUGCCGUACAGGACUGUGGAUAUCAUAUCCCGCACAGGCGUUGGGCGCGACAACUACAUCAUGGACAGAGACAAGCAGUUGUGGAAGAACCAAGGCACGGUCAUUUGCUCAAGCAAGUCGCGCCUGAUGCAUGACCAGGCGGGCGUGCUCGCCAUCCUGGAGAAGGACAAGGCUGGUUUCAUGAAGACGCUGGAUGAGUUCUUGGAGUCCAAGGGGGCCAAGGGCGAAGGAGUCGGCGACGGCGCUGACGCGGCGAUGCCGGAUGGCAGCGCUGCGCUCGCGGACGCUGCCGCCGCUUCUGACGACGAGAGCGAGGACGCGGAGUUGGUCGGCCGUGCGGCUGGCCCAUCGUCAAGCCCGCCCGUGCGCCUCUCGGGCAAGUCUUCUCCAGCACAGCCGUCGCCGUCGCCGCCAGCAUCGCGCGUGGGUGGCCCGCUGAAGAGGCUCAAGACCUUCGGCGCCUCGGCGAUCUCCGACACCGCCUCGGCUGCUGGAGAUGAGACCCAAUCCAAUGCUGGGGCCUCCGAGCUGUGCAUGCUGGCCCCCACGGGCUCCUCGCAGGGGGAGUUGCAAUCGCGCGGGGGUGGGUCCAUGCGCAGGCGAAAGACGAUGAGUGCGCUGCCAGGCACGGGUGCACUCGACCAUUGGAAAUCGAAGAUCAGCUUGGCCAUGGUGAUGAGCGGCCAGGUCGACGGGAGGACGAUCAGCGCUUGCAAGAAGGCGGCCGCGAGGAUGACCCAGAGCGAGGACGAUGCCGUGAAGGCGGAGGCGCAGUUGCUCAACAACUUCAUCAAGACGAUCGUCACGGCGCAGUGCCUCCAAGUACAGAACAUGCCGACGUGCUUCCCCGGCGACUUGAAGCUGUACGUGCGGAAGAUGGUGGAGGAGGAUGUCAUAUGGCCUUUGCCCAACAUGGAGAAGUUGCUUCACCUUCGAUUGGCGGAUCUUCAAAAGCUUGGCGACAUGAAGGCUCUGUUCGAUGCGUUGGAUCCCUUCAGCAACUCAGUCAAUGGCAAGUUUGACCCUGAGUGCCCUCGGCUUGCCGACAUCCCCCUUCCGAUGGCCUCCAAGACGAAGCUGCUCGUCCACAUCUCCAUCGAGACCCUUCUCCUCGGGAUGAUCGGCAAGGGCGCGGACUCCCAGGGCCAGGUGAAGACUUACACGACGAUCUGCAUCGACAAGUUCGAGGAUGUGGACCUGGUGUGUUUGGACGGCCCCUCUGGCGCGUGCAUCUCGGAGUGCCUCGACACGUGGAGGGCAGUAUUGGGGCUGGUGUCGACGUCAUUGGACCCAUCGUUGGAGGACCCAGUCAAUAAGUUGCACGCCGCUCUCGGCAAAACGACCAGGUCGCCCUUGGUCGUCGUGGCGGCUGCAGUCGCGAUGAACCCUUGGUAUGAAAGCCAGAUGCGGGAUUUCAUCGAGCACGCCCCUGGUCUGAGACAGCAUCACGGCCGCGUCGUGGAGAUCGACAAGUUCGCGAACGAGUUUACCGAGGGAGAGGCCAUGUACGAACAGUUGGCCGAUGCGUUCAAGGAGCUCUCCGAGAUGAAACCCGCGCUGAGGCUGGGGUCUUUGGACUCCACGGAGCGACUGCUGAACGUGUGCUUGGAGAAGCAGCGCGUGUACACGAAGGAUGGGUCGCACCCAGCGGCCACCUUGCAGAAGUGGAACCGCGUGCUCGCCGAGGCGAUCGGCUUGCACCCGCACGACGCGAAGAUCCACCAGUGGAUGGAGGAGAGUGCGGAGGCGCUGGUCAAGCUCGACCAAGGCUCCAAGAUCGAGGCGCUGCGCACCCUCUCCAAUGGCGUUGUGGAGGCGUGCGUGCGCAACCCGCAGUUCUCCACCAUCGCGGCCGUCUCUUCUAAGGUUGACCCUUUGCUGGGCGCCGUGACUGGAGCGCACGUCGACCCCAACUACUUGACUGACCACCACGCCGAGGCCAUGUUGGAGUGCGCCAUCGCCCUGGGCGAGACCGUGGCCUUCGAGGUGACCAUGCAGAAUGUGAGUUCCAUCGACGCGGCCGCCGCCGAGAAGUUACUGAGCGUCUCCAUGAAGCUGGCCGCGGUCGUCGGGGCCAAGGCCAACUUCGGGUGCGCCUACGCGCCGCUCUUGCAGAAGGUCGUCUGGUUGAUGUCGCAGUGGGUUGACUUUCAAGGCGUCGCCUCGCUGCUCGAGCAACCGCCCCUCAUCGAGAACAUCUUGGCCUUCAGCAGCUUCGACGCGAAGAUCAAGCAGCUCAAGCAGGCGGCUGUUGAGGUGGACGAGAUGAUGACUGCCACCCAGGGUCGCGACGACUACACGGCCAUCAAGCUGAAGCAGUUCCUCGCAGAGAGUUCGGCGAGCUUGACGAGGAUCCUGGACGCCAACGCGGCCGCCAAGAAGGAUGCAGUGAUCACGGCAUCAGUGGAGUUGGCCAAGGUCGCUUCGGGCCCGCAGGCGGACGACAACGCCCCCAUCGUGAAGUGGCAGGACACGUUCAAGGGCUCGACGUUCUCCGACUUCUUGGCCCACUGCGACGACACCGUCUUGAAGAUCAACCCCAUCGGGCACAAGAAACUCAUCGAUGACGGACUGGAGGCCGCCGCCGCGUACAAGGAGGCCGCCGAGUUGAGCGGCGCCGAGCCCUCCACGGUCGUCCUCGAGAACGCGGCGGCGGCCGUGCUGAACGCCCAGGUCUCCAAGGUCAGCGGCGUGCUCGCCCACAAAUUCAAGACGGUGACAGAGUUGCAAGUCUUGCGGGGCGCCGUCCAGUCCGAGCUGCUGGCGUUCCGUGCUGAGACCAAGCUGAAAAAAGAGGCCGCUCUCCUCCAUCCAGCCUUGAUGGCGCGGGUGAAGCUGGCGCUUCAGAUGAAGCCUGCGCCGCCCUAG